AGCAAUGAAACUCACCCAUGAACCUAUAAAUGGGGGGUGGUAGAUGACUUUCUGCCAACAGCAGCUGAAGAAAAGAGUAAGAAGACGCCACAAGAGUCACUCACACUGUCAGCGGAGAACAACACAAGCAUGGAGCCCACAGUACCUGGAGGCACAAAGAAGAUGACCUAUGCCGAAAUGUUUGCGAGAGUUCGCGAUUGGUGUGAACGAUCCACCGUGGAGAGUAAAAGGAUCAGACCCACCGACAGACAAAAGAGGCCCUAUUGUGAAGUUUCACAGGAUGGCACGAGUACCCUGGUGAGACCCCCCCAGAGGAUGAAAGUGACCACAGGUGCAGACACUGUCUGCGAAAAUCAAAUCAAGCGCGCAACACGCACGGUCCGAGCACCGCCUCACGAGACAAAAGUGUGGUCCUGCUGGCCAGAGAGCAGCUCCGUGGAGAGUGGGAGGUUCACAUUGUGUACAGAACCAAAAAGGCCCAAUGUUGAAGCUUCACAGGGUGCUCCAAGUAUCCCAGAGAGACCCUCCCAGGGGGGGAAGAUGACCAUUGAUGCAGAGGAGAAAGGCCCGGAAAAUGGAAAGAGCUCCCAGAGAUCUCCAGUGACGCCACCAAGCACCUCUGCAGAGGAUCCUUCACCUGUGACCCAGGUCCAGUCACAGAGGACGGAAGAGAUGGCCUCAAGCUGCAGGAAAGGGAAGAAAAACGUCCAGACGAUCUGGAUCAUCGGGUCAAGCUACAUUCGGCGCGGGGAGGAAGCAGCAAAUGAGAUUUUCGGAGAGAAUUUAGGACUCAAUGCCAAAGUUGAGUGGUUCAGCAAAGGAAGCCUGCGCUGGAGCGGUGUCCUUCCCCUCUUCUAUGGCGCGUUGUCCACACGGAGUCCCCCUGACAUUCUGGUUGUCCACGCUGGCGGCAACGAUCUGGGACUCGUGCAGGCCGAGACACUCGCGGCUGAAAUGAACAGGGACUUGGUGCAGCUCCACAGAGACUUUCCCUCGAUGAGGAUUUCCUUCUCCAGCAUCAACGAGAGGCAAGUGUGGCGCUACGGUCAGCCCGGGCAGAUAAACACAGACAGGUUGACGGUCACGUAUCUGAUCACAAAGGCUGUUGACCACUUUGGCGGUGAAGUUAUUCAACAUCCCCAUCUGAGGUAUUUCGACAGAAGCACAUAUCUCCAGGAUGGAGUGCAGUACUCCAAGAAAGGAAACACUAUCUUUCUGUCAAAGAUCCGUGUUCACCUACAGAGGAUCCUUCAGAUUUCUGCCCUUUAUCUAGCUCCAAAGUUUGUGGCAUGUCCUAACCCUCAUCAUAAUCCCCUCACCCUAACCCCCUAACCCUGACCUAAUACAAAAUGUUGGUCUAAGGACCGCAGCGUGUUGGCAACAUCAGGGCUUUGUUGUAAAGUUAGUAAAUGUUAAAAAUGUUUAUGUCUCUGUGUCAGCACUAAAUAAAUUGAUAAAAAUGAAAAUGAAAAAUUCAUCAAUUCCAUAUUAUGAUGAAUUUAUUGUUUUAUUGAUUUGCCGAGAAACUUAAGGCUGAAAGCUUUGGAAGAUCUCUGCAAUCUUUACAGGUUAAAAUUGUUGUCCCACGACUAUUUAGUUCAAAAGCUGAAUUUUUUUUUUCACUUGCCUGUAAAUAAUGCGCAAAUAUACUCAUAUGAAUCUUUUGUAUCACACUGAAAGGAUUUGUUAACGUGUAUAUAUAUAUUUGUGGCAGCUAAGUUUUAAUGAUUCAUGAAUUAUUUGUUGAUCGUUUUGUUAAAAUGUCCAAGUUCAUUAUAAACGACUCAUACGGUUAUUAAAUUCUACAAAUGUUACUGUAAGGGCUUCCAUUGACUUUUGGUGCAUUCUGGUUUGUUAAAUAAAGAGAAAAGGCUUGUGCUCUC